ACGUAAAUCCCACUGCUCAGACUCCACUCUUGCUUGCUUGAUACCACUGUAAGGAGAGCCCCAGCUCUAUCGGACUUCCGCGCAGAUAUCUUGGCGUUACUUAUGCAGAUUCGCAAAUAGGCAAGGUGAACAUACUUGGUGGAGGAGCUCGCAUGGACUGACACUCUGCAGUGCAAUGUCUUCUCCGGGCUCAUGGGACCAAUUGGUUCAUUUGUUUAUCAAGAAUACAUACCUUCCUUGCCAUAAUGAUUGAGAUCCAGUGAGACAUUCCCUGACGCUCUUUUCGUCUCUCCCCUAUCCCACCUUCUCUCUAUCUCAUUCGUUUUACUGAGUGUCUUGAACACCAUGAAGUUCUCAUCGACACUUAUGUCGGCCAUGCUGGUCUCUGCGGUUCUUGCGAAUCCAGUAGCGCAGGCUCAGCAGUCAGGCCGACCUGUCUUUUCACCUCGGCCCGGACUAGGGUUUCCUUCUUCUUCUUCUUCUGCUUCUCCUUCGCCUUCGCCUUCGCCUGUGGUAGAUGAUACACCGGCACCAGCAGACAAUCCCGCUCCCAUUACCCCUGGGGGUGGUGGCGGUAGACAGCCGCCUGGGAACGACAACACACCUGGAAGCUUCCCUAGCAAUAAUCCAGGGUCCAUUACCCCCGGGGGCGGUGGCGGUAGACAGCCGCCUGGGAACGACGACACGCCUGGAAGCUUCCCUAGUAACAAUCCGGAACCCAGACCUGGCAACCACCCUGGGAACCCAAGCGGCGGAAGCCCCCAAGGUAGCCCUCCUAGCGGCUGGGGCCCAGGCGGCGGAAAACCACAAGGUAGUCCUCCUAUCGGCUGGGGCCCAAAGCCUAGCUGGGGCCCCAGCGGCGGAAAGCACCCGCCUACCAAUCGUCCAGACCAUAGGCCGGACUACCAACGUACUCCAAAGACAUACUACCUUUAGGUUAUCAGGUAAAUAAACUAUCUGGUUACUCGCGAGGUCAGGACCAACAUCUCCUAGUGACAAUAAGGACAUCAACAAGCAGCUCGUCAAGUUCGAAGC